AUGAAGUUCGAUGCAUCGAUAAUGAAGUUCGAUACUCUAAGAAUGAAAUUCGAUGCAUCGAUAAUGAAGUUCGAUACCCUAAGAAUGAAGUUAGAUGCAUCGAUAAUGAAGUUCGAUACUCUAAGAAUGAAGUUCGAUGCAUCGAUAAUGACGUUCGCUAUUCUAAGAAUGAAGAUCGAUGCAUCGAUGAUGAAGUUCAAUAUUCUAAGAAUGCAGUUCGAUGAAUCGACACUGAAAUUCGAUACCCUAAGAAUGAAGCUCAAUGCAUCGAUAAUGAAGUUCGAUAGCCUAAGAAUGGAGUUAGAUGCAUCGAUAAUGAAGUUUGAUAUUCUAAGAAUGAAGAUCGAUGCAUCGAUGAUGAAGUUCAAUAUUCUAAGAAUGCAGUUCGAUGAAUCGACACUGAAAUUCGAUACCCUAAGAAUGAAGCUCAAUGCAUCGAUAAUGAAGUCCGAUAGCCUAAGAAUGAAGUUCGAUGCAUCGAUAAUGAAGUUCGCUAUUCUAAGAAUGAAGAUCGAUGCAUCGAUGAUGAAGUUCAAUAUUCUAAGAAUGCAGUUCGAUGAAUCGACACUGAAAUUCGAUACCCUAAGAAUGAAGCUCAAUGCAUCGAUAAUGAAGUUCGAUAGCCUAAGAAUGGAGUUAGAUGCAUCGAUAAUGAAGUUCGAUAUUCUAAGAAUGAAGUUCGAUGAAUUGAUAGUGAAGUUUAAUACGUCAACAAUAAAGUUCAGUUUGUUAAUAAUGAAGUUAAUUACAGUGAGAAUGAAGUUCGAUAUAUUUGCAAUGAAGUUCGUAUCAGUAAUUAAAUUUGAUGAUUCGAGAAUAAAGCUCGAUGUAUCAAGAACGAAAUUCGAUGUAUCGAGAUUUAAAUUCGAUGUAUCGAGAAUGAAGUUCGAUAACUCUACAAUAAAUGUCGAUAUAUCGAUCACAAAAGUCGACGCAUCAAUAAUGAAUUUCGAUGUAACGAGGAUGAAGUUUGAUGUAUCGGCAAUGAAGUUCGAUAAACUGAUUCGAUCUAUCGAAGUGAAUUUUUUGAUCUGCCCUACAACUUCCCAUUAA